GCGUGCGGCGUGGCCGGGCCGGAAGGCGGAGCGGCGCUCUAGCCGGGCGCCCCCCGCCGCCACCGCCCGCGGCUCCUUCAGUCACCGCCCGGUUCGGCCCGGCCCGGUCCAAUAGCGUCCCACAGCCGGCAGCCCCUCAGGGCCGCGGCCCGGUGCCGAUCAGGGUGGGGGCGGCUGUGGGUUCUCAAUCUGCCGCCCCCGAGCUGCCCUCAUGUCGGCUCCGUUGAAGAAGGGCCCCGGGGGGCUGAUCGGGUUGAUGAAGGACGCUUUUCAGCCUCAUCAUCAUCAUCUCGGGCCGCAUCAACCGGGAGCUGUGGAUAAAAAGAUGGUGGAGAAGUGCUGGAAGUUAAUGGAUAAGGUGGUACGACUGUGCCAGAACCCAAAGCUGGCCCUGAAGAACAGCCCACCCUACAUCCUGGACCUUCUGCCUGACACCUACCAGCACCUCCGGACCAUCCUGUCACGCUACGAGGGGAAGAUGGAGACCUUGGGAGAAAACGAGUAUUUCCGUGUGUUCAUGGAGAACCUGAUGAAGAAAACCAAGCAGACCAUCAGCCUCUUCAAGGAGGGGAAAGAGCGGAUGUAUGAGGAGAACUCUCAGCCUAGGCGUAACCUGACGAAGCUAUCCCUGAUAUUCAGCCACAUGCUGGCAGAACUCAAAGGUAUUUUCCCAAGUGGCCUUUUCCAAGGAGACACAUUCCGGAUCACCAAAGCUGAUGCUGCAGAAUUUUGGAGGAAAGCAUUUGGGGAGAAGACCAUUGUUCCUUGGAAGAGCUUCCGCCAAGCCCUGCACGAAGUGCAUCCCAUCAGUUCAGGGCUGGAAGCCAUGGCCCUAAAAUCAACGAUCGACUUGACGUGCAAUGACUACAUUUCAGUAUUUGAGUUCGAUAUCUUCACACGACUCUUUCAGCCAUGGUCCUCUUUGCUCAGGAACUGGAAUAGCCUAGCAGUGACUCAUCCUGGUUAUAUGGCAUUCCUAACGUAUGAUGAGGUGAAAGCCCGGCUUCAGAAAUUCAUUCACAAACCUGGCAGUUACAUUUUUAGGUUGAGUUGCACCCGACUUGGUCAGUGGGCCAUUGGAUACGUCACUGCAGAUGGGAACAUUCUUCAGACAAUCCCUCACAACAAACCUCUUUUUCAAGCAUUGAUCGACGGCUUCAGGGAAGGCUUUUAUUUAUUUCCCGAUGGCCGGAAUCAGAACCCUGACUUGACUGGCUUGUGUGAGCCCACACCUCAGGACCACAUUAAAGUUACGCAGGAACAAUAUGAAUUGUACUGUGAAAUGGGUUCCACUUUUCAGCUGUGUAAAAUCUGUGCAGAGAAUGACAAGGAUGUGAAGAUUGAGCCGUGUGGCCAUUUGAUGUGCACGUCCUGUCUCACUGCAUGGCAGGAAUCAGAAGGCCAGGGUUGUCCUUUUUGCCGCUGUGAAAUCAAAGGCACGGAGCCAAUUGUUGUAGACCCAUUCGACCCCAGAGGAGGAGGAGGAUUGUCACGGCAAGGUGCAGAAGGAACUCCCUCACCCAACUAUGAUGACGAUGAUGACGACAGAGCUGAUGAUUCCCUCUUCAUGAUGAAAGAACUCGCUGGUACCAAAGUCGAGCGGCCUCCUUCCCCAUUCUCAGUAGCUCCACAGGCCACCCUUCCUCCUGUGCCACCACGACUGGAUCUUCUGCAACAGCGAGUGUCCAAUCCACCUGGGGCUUCCAGCCCCAGCACCUCUUCAAAGGCUGCUCCUGGUACCCUUCACAAAGACAAGCCUCUGCCCAUCCCACCCACGCUCCGAGAUCUCCCUCCGCCGCCGCCUCCGGAUAGACCACAUUCCAUCGGGGCUGAUGCUCGGCCUCAGAGGCGGCCCCUGCCCUGCACACCAGCAGACUGUCCUGCAAGGGACAAACCACCCCCUGUGCCCUCCAACCGUCAGGGGGAUCCCUGGCCCUCCCGACCGAUUCCAAAAGCCCCAUCUGUAGCUCACAGCCCUGGUGACCACUGGCCUGGGAGAGAACUGUCAAACAGGCACUCGCUUCCUUUCUCCUUGCCCUCUCAGAUGGAUUCCAGGCCUGAAAGCCAUCGGCUUGGGAGCACGCUCAGCCUGGACAACCCAGUGAACUUGAGCACUGGUCCACCAGCAACCUCAGAAUGUGAGCAUCCCAAAAUUAAACCCUCCUCGUCUGCCAAUGCUAUCUACUCCUUAGCUGCCAGACCACUGCCCGUACCAAAACUGCCUCCUGGGGAACAGUCUGAAAGCGAUGAAGACACUGAAUACAUGUCACCCUCCUCUCUGCCAGUGGUGCCUCCAGGUCCUGCUGUACAAAAACCAGAGAUCAAAAUGCCUUUGGAAAUGACUCAGAGUUUGCGAGCUCUGGAGUGUGACCGGCAGGCGGAUGGCUGUAUGUAUGAAGCAAUGUACAACAUUCACUCCCAAGCAGUGCCCUCUGCUUUUGACACCGUCAACGCUUCUGAUGAAGGGGAUCUGGCAGCAGCCACUGCCAGCAACGGCCCUGAGGAGUCAGAAAAUGAAGAGGAUGGCUAUGAUAUCCCCAAACCACCACUACCAGUUGCUAUUGCUCGUCGCACACUGUCUGAUAUCUCCAAUGCCACACCUGCCUUCAGCCGAAUGUCUUUGGAAAAUGACCCAGUAACAGGUUUUUCAGAUGGCUCUCAAGUUCCAGAAAGGCCUCCGAAACCGCUGCCACGAAGAAUCAAUUCCGAGCGCAAAGCAGGGAGCUGCCAGCCAGGAGCAGCCAGCAGCAGCACCGGGGCAUCACUGCAGCUCUCCAGCGAGAUUGAGAACCUCAUGAGCCAAGGCUACUCAUAUCAGGACAUUCAGAAAGCUCUGGUCAUUGCACAUAACAAUAUUGAAAUGGCCAAGAAUAUUCUCCGUGAGUUUGUUUCCAUUUCCUCCCCUGCACACGUGGCCACAUAGCACAUUACCUCCACACCUAGAGCUUCUGUGGACCAACUGCCUGGGCAGCCGUAGCCCGGCUACGCACCAAAGGGGAAGGGGGUUCCUUUAGAGACUUCAUGCGGAGGUCAGCCCUGCCUCUUAAGAGAAUCAGUUAUCAGGUUUUUGUGGUUCCAGAUUUCAAAGCAGUGAAAUGGAAUGGAGCGGAAUGGUGUUUUAUAGAGUGUGUGUCUUGGAGUCCUUUACCCCUACCUCGUGUUUGAGAGAACAGAUUUAAUUUCCAGGGUGUCGGUAGACGAAGGUUUCAUUAGGAGGGAUCCCAGAGCUGAUGCCCUGGAGGCCGGGGGGAGUGUGUUGUGCUGUGAAUUCUAAGUGAGUGCUCUGAGAAACAAAGUCUCCGGGUCGGUGUAGUGUGUCCUGUGGUUCAUGGUACUAGGUUUGGUCCUGUUCGCUGCUGUGUAUCUUGGCUCAGGCUUUUCAGAGCAGUUGAGAGGUCACUUUCUGCUGGGAAUAAAUAGGAGACCUUGGAAGAAAGGUCUUGAUUGCUUCCUGUUUGCCACGGCGUUUCCCUCUUACCUGUAACAGUAGCAUUUAUUGCUUAUGAUUUGAGUUGUCCUUUUCUGCUUGGAGAUAGCCUGACCAGCAUCUGCCAGGUGUUUUGAAUCUUGGAGCUGGAUUGCUGUCGUAAGUGUCCUCGUGCCAGCUGUGCUGGCAGCGCCAGAUUCCAGGGAGCAAGAUGUGCUGAAAGCUCUGCAUGUUUUGGAGAGGUGGGAAGAAGCUGAGCCGAGAGCAGAGAACUGGCUGCUGCUGUUCCUUUUGUAGCCUUGAGCCUUCCAUGCUUUCGGUGCUCCAAUUGCAGCCCUGUUGGGCUUAAGCAGCAUCACCAGGCACUCACUCUUUCUCUAGGAAUAUUGCACCUGGUAAAUACGAUGUGUUAUUUAUCUUAACUGCAUGGUGGCUGUCGCAGACUCGUGGCCUUCACGCACAUUCCGUCGUCUCCUUCAGACAUCUUUCUUGGGAGCCAGUUGUCUUUGUGCCAGGCUGUUGUGUGGGGCUGGUAGAUGCAGCUGAUGUAUUUGUUGGUAUCUUACCUGCUUUGAAGUAAAAUAAACUCAGCAGUUUCUCUGCAUGGCUAUCGAAACAACACGGGGGCUCUUUGCACUGCCCUUACUCCAAGGAAUUACCAGAGCUUGUGUUGAAGCAGAUCUGGGAAACCUCUGCAUUUGUAAAACAAUCACACUGAGCUUUACAAGUCAGAACUGGGCAGUUACUUCACAAAAACCUGACUUGCAUACUCAGCUACUUAACUCAGUGCAUAAUUUGCCUGGAGUGUGAGAAGCAUAGUUCCUCUGGAGGGGAUUUAAAUGGAGCAGGGAUCCGCAGGUCACAGCCUGCUGCAUGAAGGGUGCUCUGUGCGAACCAAGGGGCUGCUCGCCUUGCACAGCAUGUCCUGCAUUGCUUGCAUCACUGAGAGGGCAGCAGCAGUCACUGGGCAAAGGGUUACGACGUGAAAUAUUAUUGCUGGAGUGCUGGCGGCUGUUGGAUGCAGUUGAAGCUUUUAAAGGAUCUGGUUGCUGCUUCCAGAUCUGAGCGAAGCAACUUGCAGUUUGCAGAGGGGGACUUGACCAGUGUUAGCAUAGGAAACUAAGCAUCAAAUGUUUGUUCUGUGUGGAGUAUUGGUAUUUCUCUAAAUCUACAGCUUUGUAAAUUGAUAAUGUGGGGUCCACGUAGUUUAAAAGCAUGAGCUGUCUCACCUCACUCCCCUCCUUUCUGUAUUUCUCUGAAGCUGUAAGGAGAUCUCUUAAGUGCAACACUUAAGGCCAUCACUGCUGUUGCUAUUUUGGGGCUGGGGCUGAAAUUGCAAAUGCAGCACGAUGCUGAGAUCGCUGUCAGCCAGCAACGUGCUCUGCAGUGCUGCAGAGAGGUCAGGCAGCCAAGAGCAGGGUCUGGCCUGGCAGGGAGGCUGAUGUCUGUGCAUGCUGUGCUUGGGGAAGCAGAGCUGCUCCCUCUCCUGUGCCCACAGAUUCAGCAGUUGUGAGCCUGACCAUCCAGUCCUACUGCUUGGGUGUUAUUUUCUGGCUUUCUCCUGGAGACCCACAUAAAAGAACGUGUUGUGAGGGAGCAACUGCUCUGUAUUUCCCUCCUCUCCAGUGCUGCCACUCACUCCGUGUUGCUGUUGGAGCCACUUCAGUUCUGCCUUGCUGUGUAAACUCAGCCUAAGUGUGCUCAAGUGUGGCGUGAGGCUGCAGCACACAGGCAGGGCUGCUAGGAGCCAAGUGCAGCCAGCUGGAAAGCCUUAACUCUUGUCCUGCACAGCGUGUGCCAUUGGAGUAGUGAUGCCCCAUCCCCUUCUAGCCCUUGAUUCCAGGCUGGCCGUGAUGCUGAACGACCCACACGCAGCAGAGCUUUAUACAGGCCUGUCUCUGGGGCUGUGUGUGCCAAGGGAUGUUGUUCCAGGUAUUAGAGAUUAGAGAGAGCAAUCUUUGUGGCAUGUAUCACUAAUUCUUCUGCAUGUGUCUUUUCCGUGCACUGUUUGUGUCUCCAACUGAGUUAAGAAACUUAAGCCUUGGCUUUUCUUCCUUAGAUGUGUGUUUGCUUGCACCACUGAAGUGCAGCAGAGUCCUGCCUGUGUUUUAUGGCUGUGCUCUGUGAAGUCCACCCAGGCACUGUGUACAGUGUAUUUUUCUUACUGUUUUUCUUUCAGAAAGGUGAGCCUGAUGCUAUUUUCUCUUCCUUUCCUUUCACCUCCUUGUUCUUUAUUCUGCUUUGUGAUGCUACUUUUAAACAAGAGAAACCCAAAAUGUCUUGUGCCUUUCUUAAGGGAACGCUGUGUCACCGGGCUGGAUCUGGGUAUCCCUGUGUGGAAAGGAAGAGCCCCGUGCUGCCUUUGAGAUACAUUAUAAGGUGUGAACAGGAGGGGUGAGAGAGGUGGGCAGUUGUCACUUCAACACUGUGUUUUGUAGCAUUUCAGCUGUGGAGGUUUCCUACUCUACCUAUUACUAACAGUGACUUGUCUGCACUGGUGCUGCACUGAGCUCGGUGUGAAGAAUUGGAGGACCAGUAUUGGUUUUGCUUGUGAUAAAAUACGAGUUCUGUUUAUGAUUAAAUAUACUGUUUUUCCCCCCCCAACCUGCCAAGCCAGGACACAAAGCAAGCAGAAAACCCUUUAUGCAAUGAGGGCUGGGGCUGUGGGAGCAGCAGGAAAGCAGCACACAUCAUCUAUCUGCCCCACUGACUUGGUGAGUCGGAUGCCACCACAGCUGAACGGGAUCCUGCAAUGAGACAUAUCCUGUCAGGAGUUUGCUUUAGCUUCAUCUGCAGCACUGCCCUGCUCUGCAUGUCCCUGCACAAGCUGCAGGUGAAGGUGUGCAGCCCCUGCUUUGUGCAUAAGGGCUCUGCUGCUCAGUGUGCUGCUCCCUGCAUGAGGCUCACUGCAUUACUGCAGCCAAUCCCAAGGUAGGGUCAUUACUGUACAUGGUUUUUGUUCAGUUGGUUGGCUGUUUAUUUGUUGAGCAAUUACAAAAUGCAGCUCCCAGGGCACUGCCUUCAAGGUGCCACAUUGGAAAUGAGAGGGGAAUAAGGACACUUAAAAGUUCCUCCUUGAAAUGGUUUUGAUUUGAAACUCCUGGCAGGGGAGGAGCAGCUGAAUGACAAAUACCCAUUUGUAUAAUAUCAGUGUUAAAAACGUUGAGAUUUUCACACACACACACAAAAAAAUAUUUAAAAAAAAAAAACAAAGUAUAAUAGUGUCAUUAAUAUAAAAUAUAAUAGCAGUAUUUAAUCCUUUCAGAUCUGUAAAGAAUAAGGAAAAACAGAAGGUAAAUAUUCUUACAGAGAGUAGCUGAGCUUUAAGGUUCACUUGGUUUAAAGUCCUCAUUUUGUUUGCAAAUGCAUUGUUAAUGUUUAGAGGUUAUACUAAUGUUAUUUAUUAAUUGUUUCCAUUUCUUGUGUGCUGCCCACUAAAGAGCUUCUUUGGGAUUUCAUUCACCUUGUGUCGGUUAAAAAAAAGAAAAGAGUGAGAAGAAAAACGAAACAAAAGUUUUAUUUUUAAAUAAAAUUUCCUUUGUUGUAGCAGA